AUGAGAGUCAAUUCAAAGGAACUUGGGUGUGUAUCGCCGUCUUGGAAUUCGUCUUUUGAAGGUAUCCUCUAUUGGAAACAAAAAGUAGAUUCGCGAUCAAAACGUGGCUGUGUUUUUUCUGAACACUGGUGCCGAUUGAAAGGAAACAUUCUGCUUCUUUGCCGUUCUCCCGAUAGAACGAGCAAUGAAAUCUCAGGUGUGGUACUGUUAGAACAUUUCACUGUGUCGCGUACUAGAGAUGAAGAAAUAUCCUACUCAUUUCGUCUAGAUUUCGAUUCCGGUGAUAAACCUCUUGUAUUUGUCGCUCGCUCUGAAGAUGAGGCAGAGAAGUGGUGUCAUCACCUUAACAAGGCACAACUGGCACCUAGGUUACGGCGUUUUAUUUUGCUUCGUGAUGAAAUACGGAGAAUCACAGGAUCUGAUCCACUGGAAGCUGGAGUUUCUGGUAGUUCAGUUACCACACCAACUAUCGUUGAGGAAGGUUCACUGAAUGACGAGGGACUUGAAAUUAUUCUGAAAUGCCUGAAUAUUGGAGACAUGGCGCAUCCUAAUGAGCUUCCUAAUACUUGUCUAUUUGUGUCUGUAUCAACUUCACUGAAGAAUAAUUGGACUCCAGUUGGGGCAACCGAGAUAAUUGAAUCCUCUCGGAACCCAGUUUUUUCGAAAACAAUAUUUCUGCGCCACGAUUUAAUUGAUGAGAACAAUUCAAUACGGUUCAGUUUAUUCGAUAUUAAAGAUGUAAAAUCAAAUGUAAGCGCUUUAAUCGGCGAAACAAUUACAACACUAAAAAAAUUAUUGGAUAGUUCAUCUCUUCUGUUACCAUUACGUGAUGAUUGUUCUAAAAUAUCUGUGAAGUAUGAAGGUUUAGAGACGACGAUCCCAUCAAUAAUUGUACAUUCAAGGAAACAGAAGCCAUUAGAUUUCACAGCAGCUAAGGUUGAUGCUAAUAUGUUGUCAUUACGUUCAGUAUGUGAUAAUCUAUUGUCUAAACGAUAUAAAUUUCAAGAUUCAAUCGGUGAGACAAUGCAUAUUAUUGAAUUUAUGGGUGAAUCAAAGCUAUGCUAUGCUUUCCCGAUAGAAUAUCUAAAAACUUUAAUUCAGUCAGAAUAUUUGAUAUAUGACUCUUUAUCUCGAACUGGAUCGUCGAAACCUGUUAUUGAAAGCUUACGAAAAGAACGAAUGAUUAGCAUGAAACAAACAUUGGAACGAUACGAAGCUAAUUUAAGAAAUUUAGUUGAUUACUCUGGUCCUCUAUUCAAAUCAUCUAGUGAACGUGCUAAUCCUCGCUAUGAUUUUGUUCCGACCAAUCUUCACGUGAAUCAGAUAGCUUUAACAGAUGUAGAUGGUCAACUAGUUUCCUCGCAUAAUAUAAUAUCUGUUGGUGCAUUCUCAUUGGCUUCUCGACGUUAUAAAUCUGGUGGAUUAUUUCGUAUGGCAUUCGAUACUAUGAUUACACCAACACGUACCUAUCCACCUUCAGAAUUAUCUUAUUUAAAUAUAUCAUCGGAAUCACCUGUAGCUUCUGCUACAUGUCUUUUAAAUACAAAACCAAUUGGUAAAUCUAUGGAUUUAUUAUAUCGUGGAACACAUUCUAUUGCUUUAUUAAGAUCCGAUUUAGCUGGUCUUAUUCAAAGAUUAAGCGCACCUGGACAAGCUGAACCAUUAGCUGAACGUAUGCAAAAAACUGUAUCGUCUAUACAAUGGAUAUUUUCAGAUAAAUUAUUAUCUAACUUAAAUGUUUUACCAAUUGUUUCAUGUGAUUUCGAAGUAAUUAUCACUUUACUUACACAAUUAUCAUCAAUAGAAAUAACGAAAUCAACAAAUUCACAACUAUCACAAUCCAGUGAUCGUGUAAUAAUUAUAAAUAAAAAGAAAAAUGAGUCUCGUGAAAGUUUAAUAGAUUCUUUAGAUAAAGCUGGUCAAAAAUUAUCGAUUACUUUAGAACGUAUAUGGGAAAGUGUAGCAUCAGUGCUAUGGGAUCAUGUCUUGUCAGGUCUUGCAGAUUUAUCAAAUCAACAAAGUCUAUCUGUUAGUAAAGAAGGUGGUGGUAAUUAUUCUGAUUUAAUUGCUGAAGCAGAACGUUCCGCUUAUCCUAAUAUGUUACCAAUAAAUGAUAAUGUACUUACUGCCGUUUCAAUUAUUCAAGAUUCAUUCAAUUAUCGACAUCAUGCAUGUGUUUGCCAGCUUUUAACCUCAGUUCUUACGGCGUUAUCAGUACAAAUACCCCUAUGGGAUCGCAAAGAUUGGGAACAAGCUGCUGUAUGUGGUGUCCUAGCUCAGUUUGAAGGCCUUCUAAGCUGCUAUGGUGACGAGCAAGGAAUGAUUGAAGAUUGGGCAUGGGCAAUUGAUUAUUUGUUGACGUAUCGUGUUACACUUCGUCCAUAUGGUAACUUUUCUGAUUCCGUAACUGAUACGAAUGAAAGAAAUUCCGAGGAUACUGACUCGAACGUUCCCACCUCGAACCGUUGUGAUGCUGAAGAAUUUCAUUUGGGUUUCAAAGUCACAAGAUUGAACGAAUGCGAGCUUUCUGUUCCUUGGAAAUCAUGGGUUCAUGCUCCUUCAGAAAUUCAAGCUCGUGGUCGUGUACGAAUUCGUUUACAUCCUGUCUCAUUUGUAGUCGGAAUCAAUGAACUACAAUCAGUUGCUGAAACUUUAGAUAAAACUGCUGUGCAAAACGCGGUAAACAAUCAUGGCUUAACAUCUUUACGCGCUUACUUCAAUCGAUAUACAAAGCAUUUUGGCGCUCCAGGUCGAACUGUUUCAAAUCAAGAUGUCUGGGAUUUACUCACAGAUAUUACACAUCAUCUUAAUACACCUGUUCGUUCAAAACCAGUUGAAGUGUUACAGUUAGCAUCAGAAAUUACUCAAGCAUUUCAUGGUUUGCGGAUAACAACUUGUAAAUCAGCUAAAGAUCGUACAGCUAUGUCUGUUACUUUGGAACAAGUUCAAUGGUUGAAAAGUGAAGGUAUGCAUGAAAGUUGUUUCACUAAAGCUCUUCAAUGUAUUCGAAGCACUGGUCUACGUUUAGAUAAUGUUAUGAAAAACACUGGUAAACGUAAAUACGCAUUCAAUCGUCUCCAGCUUUUAUCAUUUCCAAGAUUGUAUAGACCACCAAUGGGAACAUAUUCUACAAAUGUAUCAUCUUAA